AUGCGUUCGUCUAUCUUGACAUCCUUCAGUCUUCUCAUCUCUAGCUAUGCUUCCGCCUCAUCCAUUCAUGGAGCCUCCAGCCUCGAGCGAAGACACGGACACGCACAAGUCCAGCCUAUCAACAUCGUCAUCCUUAAUGAUAAGAAGAAUGACGUUCAUAAGCCAUUCUUCCCUACCUUUGGUGAGCAUGACAACUUCAAAUGCGGCAAAAAAAUCUACAAGCGGACGAAGAUCGACAAAUCCCUAUCAAAGGGUUGCCAGGUUUACAAAGAGCAACGACAAAAGAGUCCAUUUCCCUCCGUGUUCACUGCAUUCCAGACUUAUAGUCACGCUCCCCUUCUUGAGUGGCCCCUGCGAUGGAAGCGUACUUGGUUCCUUCACUUCCGCGGUAGCCGUCGGGUCGUAUUUGACGACAAAUGCUGCCUAGUUGGACUCGUUAUCCGAAAGCGAGAUGGAAGUUACCAAACCUGCACACCUAUAUCAAACUGA